AUCCGUGGGGGGCUGGCCUCGCUCAGCCCUUAUUCUUUCUCAGUUGACUGCUUGACCUCAUGCACUCAUGCAGGUUUUAGUAGAGAUGUCCACCUCGGAGACCAUGCAGCCCCCGGUGACGCCUGGAGACGGAGCUGGGGAAACUACCUUCCUGGCCCCGCUUGUGGAACCUCCUCCCCCACAAGAUCCCCAACCUAAAGUUACAAAAGAAGCCUCUGAGCAGCCCCGGGCCCUGCGGAACGGCUUCCAAGGGAAAAGGCGGAACAGCUUCAAUAUUGGAUUUAAGCACCCGGUCCCAUUCAAAAGGCGGAGGCGAGUCAACUCUGACUGUGACCCGGUACUCCCGUCAAAGUUUCUGCUCGGCGGCAACAUCUUCGAUCCACUCAACCUUAACAGUCUGUUGGAUGAGGAAGUCAACCGGGCCCUCAACGCAGAGACUCCGAAGUCCUCCCCUCUUCCAUCUCGGAACAGAGAUCCAGUUGAGAUACUCAUACCUAAAGACAUCACUGACCCGUUGUGUCUCAAUGCUGGCUCUGGGGAUAUGGAGCUCUUACUCUCCCCGCUCAAGAGCGGCCGGAAAAGACACAGGCAUCGUCACCAUCCGGCAAACGAAGGCCCUCCAAAGACAUCUGGCCAAGAUACAGAGCCCGCCCCAGAGGAGCCACAACCAUACGAACUUAACACUGCCAUAAACUGUCGGGAUGAAGUCGUUCCUCUGCCGUCUUUGGAGAGUGAAGCUGCUGCAGCGGCGCCGCCAGCCUCCUCGUCGGCUACUGGCGGUUCUCGACAUCGUAAACGCAGGAGGACAUCAAGCAAAUCGGAGGGGAGGCAAGGGAGCCCUGAGAGAAUUAAGAGUGUGGUGGUGGGUGGGGGUAACUUUUCCUCAAGAGCUCAGUGCUCACGAUCCCAGUCGGCGCCAAAGACAAAAAGUCGCUUCCAGUAUGGCAACUACUGCCAGUACUACGGAUACCGCAACCCGUGUAGGACUGAGGAUGCGCGUGUGCGGGCCCUGCGGCCGGAGUGGUUCCGGGCCAAGUCGGUCUUGGACAUUGGAUGCAAUGUAGGACACGUGACCCUCUGCGUGGCUAAGAGUCUGGGGCCUUCUCGCGUGGUAGGGCUGGACAUUGAUGCCUCGUUGGUGCGUGCCGCGCGGCAGAACAUACGCCACUACUUGUCGGAGAACGCUAAGGGCGCUGCGGGAUUCCCUGCGGCGUUGGUUUCUACGCGGGGCCCGAUCUCUGCCCCCAGCCUCCCGCCGGACGAGGGCACGGAGGACGAAAAAAAGACAGACUUCCCCCACAAUGUGGUAUUUGUACAGGGUAACUACGCGGUGGAGCGGGACGAGCUGGUGGAGGCGCAGCGUCCGGAGUACGACGUCAUCCUGUGCCUCAGCGUCACCAAGUGGGUGCAUCUGAACAGCGGCGACGACGGCCUCAAAAGGAUGUUCCGGAGAAUGUACCGGCAUCUGAACCCCGGAGGGACGCUGGUCCUGGAGCCGCAGCCCUGGUCGUCCUACGGAAAGAGGAAGAAGCUAACCGAAAUAAUCUACAAGAAUUACUCUAAGAUUUCCUUCAAGCCGGAUCAGUUCACCUCGUACCUCAUGUCUUCUGAAGUGGGAUUCUCAAGUUACGAGCUCCUCGCCACCCCGCAGGCCCCGUCUAAAGGUUUCCAGAGGCCAAUCUACGCGUUUUAUAAGAACAGCCCGGCUCCGCCGCCCAGCGCCGCCUCCCCGCAGAGGAAAUAACCGCUUCGUUUGUACGCCGCCCUCCCCGCCAUGACCCCGCUCUCCUCCUCUUAUAAUAUAUUUUAUUUUGGGUUUUUUUUUUCUUGUGUAAAAUUCUUUAUUUUUUAAGAGAAAUUGCAUUUUUGGGGGUUUAAAGAGCUCUGUCUGUUUCUGGAAUCUUUGCAGAAUAUAACUCGUUAUUUCAG